UAUAGUCUGUGGUUGUUGUGAUGUAGAGGUAUGUUCAUAUACCUACCGGAGUGAAAGUGCUAAGAUAAGCUUUAUGAUUUUUGUUCACAGGUAAAAAGAUAAGCCCUUCCCAGUUUAAAGCCCAUGCUGGAAUGGCGGCUAGGCGUCAACCUUACCGCCACAUAUAUAUACUUCCAAUGGAUUUGCAUAGUGGUCACCAUUUGGUAGAAGAUCAGACAGCUACUGAAAAACAGAUUGACACACCUGUGAAAAAGUUCGGUACAAAGUCUGAUAGCAAAUUAAGGAGAUCAUACAUUGAAUGUCAACAUAAUAUGAUUUGGUUUUCAUCCUCCUUAUGCACUUUUGAUAUCCUUGUUCGUUUGUCCUGCAGCAACAAUUACAAGCACUACUUGAAGACAGGGAAAUAUACAAUACAUAAUGGUACAUUUAUUAAUCGUGCAAUGUUCACUAAGAGCUUCAUUGGUGUCUACAAUGGAAAUGGCGGAAUUGCAUUGAAGUUUUUUGCAUUGGAUUGGCUAGAAGUUUGUCCUUUAAGGGAAGAUAAAGUCAUUAAGCACAAUGACCUUUUUCACCACAUUCUGGCCGAAAGAGAUAAAGAAACUGGCCUUUAA